UUUUGACAUGUGUUUUUAGCAAUUUUUAGUCGGUCUUUUGAAAAGAUAGAAACAGCAUUACACUCGGAAUCAAGUCUAGUAAGUGGAUUUUCCUCGUAGGAAUUCACAAUGUUUCCUCUUAGAAAGUAAAAUGCAGGUAUCAAUGAAUUUUUCUGGACUGUCCUCCUGUGCUCGCAGAUUGGAAGAGGUGAAAACAGUGGUGCGUUACGAUUCCUGUUAAAGUGUUACUACAUGCUUUCGAUCUUUUCCUGUCCAUCAUGGACCGAUCCAACUUUUGUGGCUGUAAAGGCGUCAGGACUUGCUUUAAAUGUGAAGCGGAAUAUGGACUGAAUAAUGCCUGUGUGGCCUCCUCUGAUGAGGUCGACAAUUCAUUUGUUUACUGCGCAGACUGUGAUCUAUGUUGGCAAGGGUGGAGUCCUGACAGUGUCCUAUCUCAUCCAAAUCAUGGUGAAAAGAAUUUUCGAAUUGAAGGUGUCUAUGUGAAGAAUAAUUUUAUCUCUCAAGCUGAAGGAGAAAGCCUGAUUCAGUUCUUGGAUUCUAUGCCCUGGGAUUUGUCCCAGAGUGGUCGAAGGAAACAGAAUUUCGGUCCUAAGUGUAAUUUUAAGCAUCGAAAAAUGAAACUAGGUAAUUUUAAUGGGUUCCCUAAAGGCACAGAGUUCAUUCAAAAGCGAUUCAAGGAAGUUGAUAUAAUGAAAGAUUAUCAAACAAUUGAACAAUGCUCUCUUGAAUAUGACCCGGCUCGAGGAGCUUUAAUAGAUCCCCACAUUGAUGAUUGUUGGGUUUGGGGCGAAAGGAUUGUAACCGUUAAUUUGUUGAGUGAUUCGGUUCUUACGCUUCGUAAAUAUCAUGGAGAUAAUAGCAAAUACAACCUAUUUUAUUCGAAUCAUGAACCAAAAGUUGAGACCCUUAGGGAUAGUUAUCCAACUGUAAGAAUUCCUAUGCCAAAAAAUUCAUUAUUAGUUCUAUAUGGUGAGGCUAGGUAUGAAUGGGAACAUCUAAUUUUUAGGGAAGACAUUACCAGCCGCCGUGUCUGCAUUGCAUAUCGUGAAUUCACUCCAGCAUUCUUGGAAAAUGGUGAAUUUGAAAUGGAAGGUAAAUCAGUCAUUAGUCAAGCAAAGAACUUUUUCCUCACUUGAAAAAACACUUUAAUGAUAAUACUGUUUUCCUUCAUCUUUAAAAAGUCAAAUACUUCCUUGAAAAAGUGCAAUGCACCUUUGCCUGGGAUGUAACAGUAUUGCAUCAACCAAUAACUGAACAUGAGCUUGAUGUACUAAACUUAUAAGCUCAAAGUCUUUAUUAAUUAUUUAUGCAAUAUCCUGUAAAAGUAGUGGUCUGAAAUGAGCUGAUCAAAUUAUUUUAAGAAAUUCAAUGCAAAUAGAGUAAGCAAUGAAUUUCAAUGUGAUUCUUUUGGAUUUGUAAUUACAUUUUGAUAAUGAUGUCCUCUUGAAAGUCAUCUGUUGUUUGAAAAUGAGAUUUGACUUUUUUUAUUUGUGUGCCAACUUCAGUGGUAACAUCUUAUUAAAAAUUGUGGCUUCUAACACCUCGGUCAAUAGUUCUAUCUGCCAUAACUGGAAAUAUUUUUUUUAUUUUUGAUAUCAUGUAUGAAGCUUUCCUUCUUUACAAAAAAUUGAUAAAUAUUAAAAGUACAUGCACCAAAAAUUUUA